AUGGAGCCCACGUACCCCCUCUUUCCGAUAUUUAGCUUGAUCUCGGCUGCACUUCUCCUCCUCAUCCUGAUCAACAAUGCCAUCCGACGGAGUUUCAACUUCGGGCUUUUCAUGAUCUGCCUCGGCUUGUUCUGUCUUAACUUCACUUAUGGAGUCGGCAGCAUUGCAUGGGCAGAUAAUGUGGACGUGAAGGUGCCGGUAUGGUGUGACAUUGCCAGCCAUCUUCAACUCUUCGGUGUUAUCAUCGUCCCAGCUGGAUCGCUGGUCGUCACACGCCGCCUGUAUCUCAUCGCAAGCCGCCGACCGAUCAGCUCCCUUGAGCCCAGACAGCAACGGACAGAGUUGAUCAUAGAGUGCUUGCUGCUGCUUCUACUGCCGGCUCUGUACAUCAGCAUCUUUUACUACACCUCGCAAGUUAGUCGCUUCCAGAUAUUCGAAGGUUACGGGUGCACCAAUGCAAUCUGGGGCUCUGGGAUGUCAAUCAUCCUCCUCGAUCUUCCAGCUCUUAUUCCUCCGGCCAUUUCAACGCUCUUCUACUGCCCGAGAAUCCUCUGGGUGUUCUACACGCAACGGAAGGUCUUCAAGCAGUAUCUGAGCGACAGUAGCUCGGCUUCGUCUGAGCCAAGGACCAACUACAUGCGUUUGCUCGCGAUCGGCUGUCUGGACAUCGUCCUGACCCUACCCGUACAAGCUAUCGGUGUCUUCCUCGACAGCAAGUCAAGCGACCCUUUCAUCUUCUAUCCAGGUUGGAGCGUGGUUCACGCAGACUGGACACCGUUAGUGAUAACUCGCGAAGAAUGGCGCGCAUCCGGUUGGGGCACCUUCACACUUUACUUUACGUUAUGGGCGAACGUCGUACUUGCCUACGCCAUCAUUGGUCUGUUCGCAUUCACACCCGAAGCAUUGGACGUGUACAAGCGCGGGUUGUCAAGCGUGUCGAAGCGUUUCGCGGGCGCGCGAACUCAGGACACAAACUUGAACCCAGCAACAUCGGCACUUGUGUUUAGGAGCGGUCGUACAGAGACGGAGACAUACUCUGCCGAUGGUGUCGCAGAGGUUGACAUGAAAGCAUACAGGCAAUCUGAGGCUGGGGAGUACCAGAAGCAACCGUCGUGA